GGCUCGUGGCUCGGUCGACAAACAAACACAACACGCAUCAUCGCCUUUCGAUACAAGGCCGCCCUUUCUUUCCCAACCACUUUGUAAUUCCCGGCUCCUUUUCUUUUUCUCUCUCUGCCUUAUCUGCGCCUCGGUUACAUUCGCCUGUUCAUCACGAGACCGGAAACCUUGGCGGCUUCUUCUUCGACCAAGCAUUGAAAUGCACUCAAUCAAGCAUCAGGCCCGGAACAUUGCCUGGAGGUACAACGACGGCGAGUCCAACUACAAUCCAUUCGCCAGACGUUCUCGGUCCUAUGUUGGACGCCCCGAGGACGAGGAGAACAACCUGCAGCGCCGCCAUACAGCCGACCAAGUCAUGUCUGACAGCAGCAUCAGGCGCAACGACAUGCGCAACGUAGACAAUGCCGACUUUGCCUACCCACACCAUGCCAACACAGCGCCGCCAGACUCGAGUGCUUCCUCCGACGCACCCACAUCAAAUGGAACUCUCGUCGGCCAAUCAGACAUCAAACCAUCCAAGGAAAAGGAAAGCAUACCGCUGGACCGCGACAACUCUCGAUCCAUGUCUGAGAAGCCUCACACCGAGUCCGAACACAAACCCCGUAAACGACUGGCUCUUAUGAACUUGCUUGGCCAGCCCGACCGCACCAAGACCGACUCUUCCGACCUCGAACGCUCAGAUACUGGUGACACCAAGAAGAGACGACCCAAGAUCAGUAUCGUCAGUCAGUUCAAGGCCACCAUCCUGGGUUCAUGGGUCAACGUCCUUCUGGUCUGCGUGCCCAUUGGUUUCGCCCUCAGAUACUCGCACGCCAAUGGUUAUGCUGUCUUCAUUGUCAACUUCAUCGCCAUCAUUCCCCUUGCCGCCAUGCUGUCCUUUGCUACUGAGGAACUCGCCUUGUAUGUCGGAGAAACACUUGGAGGUCUGCUCAACGCCAGUUUCGGAAACGCUACCGAACUAAUCGUCAGUAUCAUCGCUCUGGCUCAAAACAAGAUUCUCAUUGUGCAAACAUCCUUGAUCGGAAGUAUGCUCUCCAACUUGCUUCUCGUCUUGGGUAUGUGCUUCUUCUUUGGUGGUAUCAACCGCGUCACCCAGCACUUCAACAUCACCGUCGCCCAAACUGCUUCCAGUAUGCUUGCUGUCUCUAUUGGAUCUUUGAUCAUCCCUACCGCCUUCCAGCGCUUCGGCAACAACCCCCAAGGAGGUGUCGGACCCAUUUCUCGAGGAACCUCUGUCAUUCUGCUUCUUGUCUACCUGGCCUACUUGACAUUCCAGCUCAAGACUCAUGUUGAGAUCUACAACACACCCAGUCAGAAGUCUGAGAAGAAGAAGGGAUCUGCUAGAGAGAAGGGAGACACUCUCAUGGGCCUUGCUCGUAUCGGUGCCGGUACUGCUGCUUCAGCCGGCGGUCAAGUCAACCAGUCCAACCUUGUCUAUGAAGAGGAAGAAGAAGAGACCCCAGCUCUCUCCGUCAUCGGUGCCCUGGUCACUCUGACUAUCGCGACUGUCUUCAUCGCAUUCAACUCUGAAUUCAUGGUUAGCGGCAUUGACUACAUCGUUGAACAUGGUAACAUCUCUGAGGAGUUCGUCGGUCUAAUUCUGGUUCCCAUUGUCGGAAACGCUGCAGAACACGCUACCGCUGUCACCGUCGCAAUCAAAGACAAGAUGGAUCUUGCAAUUGGUGUUGCUGUCGGAUCCAGUAUGCAAAUCGCUCUGCUCGUUCUCCCUCUCAUGGUUGUCAUCAGUUGGUGCGGUCUCGGCAACGAUCCUAUGACUCUCGACUUUGAUGGCUUCCAAGUUGCAGUACUGUUCAUUGCAGUGUUGUUGGUCAACUACCUCAUUCAAGAUGGCGAGAGUCAUUGGCUUGAAGGCAUCCUGCUGAUGGCUACAUAUAUCAUCAUUGCAGUCAGUGCUUGGUUCUAUCCAGCAUCCGGAGAUCUGGUUGGUUAAAAUUGCUUUUCAUUUGUUAUCUUUUUCGACUUUCUUGGGUUUCUGAACUAGCGUCCUUGCGAUUGCCAUUCCUCCUGACCUUCUAAUGUACCACUAUUAUCUCCUUGAUACCCCAGUUUAUAUCCUUCUCGUCAAACAAAUAUUUUCAAUCAUUCUCCUUGGUCAAGUGCAGUAAUACAGUCCAGUGUCUGUCGACCGCUCACACGACCUCGCUAUCGAGGUUGAUAUAUCACUUCACUCAGACCUCACCGUCGGCCUAUAUAAACCCUCUCUCAGUCCACCAUCCUUCCUCUCCUCUACCACAACAUCAACCUUCUACCUCAUCCACCUCAUCCACCUUCCACCUCUUCUACCUUCUCAUCUAUCGCCUCACAUCACACAGUAUCUAC